AUGGGCGGUAUUAUGUCUUGCAUCCGGUCAUGCCUCCAGACAAUUGGGGAUGUCAUCAUGGCUAUCAUCAGUGGAAUUGGUAGAAUCUUGACCGCCAUCGUCAACGGAGUGGUCAGCUUCUGCGCUAUUCUGGUCCGAUUCUUGACCUGCGGCUAUUGCGGUUCGAAGGGAGGCAGAGCGAAGCGCCGGGGAGGCUCUCAUAUGAGGACGACAAGGGUUUAG